AUGCAUAACUCGAAAACGGCAAAAGAACCUCUCAAGAGGUCAGUUCAUACACAAAAUUGCACUGCUCCUGAAGAUAAACUAGGCAGCUCAUCCGAGGAAGAAGAAGAAACUUCCACACUCUACACAACGAACGAUGAGGUAGUAGAGCACAGCACAAGCGCGCUCUUACUUACAGGCCUAGCGACAGUGCGAAACGAAAAAACAAACGAGGUGCGCGAAAUCGAAUGCCUCCUCGACACAGGAGCCGAUAAGUCUUUCAUAGAUCAGCAACUAGCCGAUGAACUCCAACUCCCUACAUUGGGUAAAAUAGAUCUAUCAGUCUAUACAUUCGGAUCGAAAACACCAAAGCGCCAAAUGUAUGAGACUACUAAACUGCGAAUUUGGGAUUUGCAAGGCAACCCUCAUGAACUCUCCCUGUGUAAAACAAAAGUAAUAACGGGGAAGAGAAAACGAGUCUGUCUUACUGAGCAAGAUGCUCACUAUCUACGAGAGAAGAAAAUUCUCCUUUCAAAACAAAGUGUGGCACUGUCAGUCCUAAAGUCCUCAUAG